UAGAAACACACGAAAGAAAUAUUCCGAUACAAAAAAACUUUGUGUGCUUUUUUUUUUAUCUCGUUUAUUUAUUGAAAGGCUACGACAAGACAAGAAGAAUGAAUACAUUCAAGAUAUCAUAUUUCGUUGUGGUACUCAUAAUGGUCUUGGCCAUUGCUAUAACAUUUAGCGAACCGCUAAGGGUUGAGGCGAGCCACCGAGACAAAUAUGGUCGGGUGAUAGCCGCCACAAGAGGAAAAAAAGAUGGGAACCGUACAAGUGCAAUGACAUGUGAUAAAAGCCCCAAAGUAUGUCGUCUCAAAGGCAGUUCAGGUCGUGAUUGUUGUCGUAAGAGGUGUGUGGACUUGAGAACCAACAAAUUGAACUGCGGAAGAUGUGGGAAAAGCUGUCAAUACUCGGAAGUUUGUUGCAACGGAUACUGUGUGAACCCGAUGUUUGAUAAGAGACAUUGUGGAGGUUGCUUUAAGAAGUGCAACAAAGGGAAAGAGAGAUCGUGUGCAUAUGGGAUGUGCAGUUAUGCUUGAAUGAACGACGGGGUAUAAAGGUUAUUGAGAAAGGGAAGUUUAAUUUGUUGGUUUAAAUUGGUUUACGUUCGUAUUGCAAUCUGAAAUUAAAAUAUUAUAUAGCUAGUCUAAAUGUGGGUGGUCAAUCUGUUACUAAAAUUAGAAAGGAUCUUGAAAAAGUUAGUCGUCAUAUUUGUAUUAUUGUUUUAAUUAUAUAUCCAUGUGUCAUGCAAUAAAGAAAUGUAUUAUGUUUUAUGGUUAAAAUAAAAAGUUAUUAUGUUUUAUACUUUUGUAUGAUGUAAUGUAAUUCUUCUUGAUUUAUUAA